UUGACAUUGUUGUCACUGCUUGUCAAAUUGUCCAGCCUUUGUGUACCACGAAGGUGAAGUUAAAAAUAAACCUUCAUGGGGCCUUAUUUUGUAUAAAUUCCGGCCUUCUAACGUUUUAUUCUUGAUAUAUGUGAUAUCUUUUUAUAACUAUAUGAAAAAUUCGGCAAGUAUUUUCGAGCAUUUCAAAUGAAAUAUCAAAUGAGUACUAGUUGAUCUUUGUUGUCUCAAUUCGUUUAUGUACGAAUUGAGGGAAAAAAUGACGAAUUUAAUGUUCUUCCAAGAUAUUUUUGAGAAACGUAAUAUUGUAAAUCAACAUGAUAUUCCAAGGUGCCUAAAGAUGGACGUCAAUUCUAUUUGAAGCCCAUUACAAAACAAAAUAGUUUCUGUAAAGACCAUGAAGUAUUCUAUAGGGAACAAAAUGUUUGUGCAACAAAUCGAUCAUAUUGAACAACAAAAAGAUGAAACUGAUAGAUUACCUCCUAGUGAUAGAGUCACAUACUGGGAUAUAGCUGGAUUCGUUAUUUCUAUAGCAAGUCAUAUAGUGGACGUUGGUUUGGAUUGCAACUUGGCUGUGAGAUAUUAUCUUAGUGGUCAAAAGGCAUAUUUUCUCACAACUGUAGCUUUUAUAUUGAUACCAGCGUUAAUAAAUACAGCAUUUAGUAUAAGAAUGUAUGUGCUUGAUGAAUCUGAAGAAUUGAAUAAAAAUAGAACUUUGACACAGCGCUGCACAAAUAGGGGUGUGUUAUUUUUAAUAGUUCUUAUAUUUCAAUUAGCACCAGUACUGAGGUACUUCGAUGCUCUUAGAUAUGCGAGAAAAUCUAAAAAGGCUGAGAAAUUGAAAGAUUAUGAAAACCAAAGAAAAUACUAUGAACUUAUGGUUAAGGAGGACUCGGAUGUUGCGUUAUUGAGAGUUUUAGAAUGUUUUUUAGAAGCUGCCCCUCAACAAAUUUUACAAAUCACUAUAAUAUUUUACAAUAGAGGCCAGGAUUUUGGUCAAGACACCUUUACAUUCUUCCAUCAGUUACUGUCAAUUGGAAGUUCUUUUGUCAGUAUGGCCUGGUCGAUGGCAUCAUACCAUAGAUUGCUCAGGGUAUCGCAGAAAACAAAGAACAAUAUAUCAUGGAUAGGAACUUUUGUUCAAUUCAUGUGGCAUUUCAUGGUUACAGUUUCUAGAAUUUUGUGCAUCAGUGUUAUUGCAUCCAUGUAUCUUGAAGCCACAAUUCUAGCCAUAUCUUUUCAUUGGUUCAUCAUGAUGAUUUGGCUUUUAUAUAUGGAUCAAGAAAAUAAUUUUUGCAACAACAAUCAGUGCUGCAGCAUAAUGUUCUAUUCAACGUUCAGUGCAGUUUACAUUUUCACAUUUGUAACCUUACACGAAGGUCCUACUGGAAAAAAAUACUUUUUUUUCUAUAGUUUAUUGUUUGCGGAGAAUACGGUAGCAAAUUUGGUGUGGUAUUUUAAUGCGCCUCACGAAAUUGAAAAGUUAAUGUACUACAAACCUAUUUUCUUCCUCAAUAUUAUUCCAUAUGUUGCUGGAUUGGUAUUCAUGAUAUUGUAUUAUAAGUGCUUUCAUCCCAGUACUGGGUAUACAAGCAGACAGUUAAUGAGAUUAAGACAAUAAUCUUUUUUUUUUUCAUACAUCCUAAGCGAAAAUCUCCGAAAAAUAUUGGUACAUAUUUAUUUAUUUAUUUCAAGGUAUCCUAUCAUGUUCGUCUCUUUGAAUUAAAUUGUUCUUCAUUGAAGUUAUGUGAUUUAGUCUGAAAAUUAUAUUUUCUUUAAUUUUUUUUAAAAAUUUUAAAGCUUUGGGAGGUCAAUGAUGAUUUUUGAUCGCUUUUAUGGCAGGCUUUUCCGAUGAUUUUUUGUAAGAAGCUUUCUUCAUUUCUCAUGGAAGCAUCACUGUUUAUAUAGAAUAUUUUCAAAAUGUGGAUGGACUCUAUCAGUCAUUCAAAAUUAUCCAUAAGUUUGAGACAAUGCCAGGGUAAUUCAUUUUACUUUCAUAAGAAAAAAAUUUAAAAAGAGCAAAACAUAUUUCUUUUAAUGGAUGCCAUAAAAUAAGUUGAAAUAUGAUAGACUGUUAUUAAAUGAAGUCAUUUAUUCUUACGCAACAUAAUUAUUUCAUAUUAUUUUAUAUAGAUCUAAUCGUCGUUAACUGAUUUUGAUAAUUUAAUCAAAAUGAAUUGUUCUCGUAAGCAAUGAAGUUGAAUAAUGAAUGACAACAGUAGAGUGAUAUGUUUUUCGAUGAAAUGCAAUAAAGUUAAUUUAAAUAUUUUUUCAAUUGUUAGUGUGAUAUAUUUAUGUUAAAAGAAUGAUUCUUAUGCAAUAAUUUCAAAUAACUCCACAACUGGCGUACAUUAUUACAUUGUUGCCAAUGUGUAAUUAUUAUCUUCCCUCUUUGUGACUUCGGAAAUCCUGUGUAUUAUAUACAAAUUGAAAGUUAUGUAUGCCAAAAAAAAAGAACAUUCAUAUUUUAUUUCGAUUUGGUUUGUGGUGAAAUUAUGCAUAUUUGUACAUAUUUUAUAGUAAAUAAAGGAAUAUAUUUAUGAGCAAUCAUGAAUUUUGUAGUUUGAUACAAAUAAUCAACAGAAUCAAAAUGAUCUCGUUUCUCCACUACUUUUAUGCCGAUUCAUUGUUCCAGAUUUGAGUAAUUCAAUAUUUUGGCAACUAUUUAGUAACGUUUGUUCAACAAAAUCAUCACAAAUAUUGUUGAUAAUCAUAGAAGUUCGAUGAGAGAAGUUUGAAUUCAAUUCAUUUUCUCAUUAUAACUCGUAUCGAUCUUCUGACAAUAUGCUAUGACAAUUUUGUUCAAUUUAUCAGAUCUGAAAUAGUUCUUGGAUCUCUAAAAUAAGGAUGUCUUUUAUGGUUGCCAGCUAAUGCAUUCAGUAUUGUUGAAUAAUCCAGUAAAGUGGGUUGCAACAAUAGAUACUAACAACCCCUUUGCUACAUACACUCUGUUAUUGUGUAUAUUUUAUAUCGAAUUUUUGAAUUCUGUAUUGUGUGAUGUUAGUUAAUAGAUAUUCAUUUUGAUUUCAGUGAAACAUUGUCAUUAGUUAAUUUUUCAUAUGAAAUUGAAGGAAAUGUCUUUUAUACGAUAUUUUUUGUGAUAUAAUACUCAAUGAAGAUAAAUUACAAGAUUAUUUUGAGAAA